AUGUCGGGGUGUGUUGCUGCAAGUAACAACAGCUGCACAAGUUGUUCGUCACGAUAUUAUUUGGACCAAACAACAAAAGAGUGUCAAGUGUGUUCGCUUACCAACUGCAACACGUGUAUGUCAGCAGAAAGUUGUUCAACGUGUGUGACUGGAUACACUUUGUCAGAAGGACAAUGCAAACUGUGUGAUAUCGAAGGGUGUGAACAGUGCUCAAAUACAACAUAUGCAUGUGAUGUUUGUGAUUCGAAUCACAUUUUGAGUAAUACUAAAUGUGAUCUCUGUGCAACACAAUAUUCAAAUUGUUUACAGUGUUCGUCAAGUAAAUGUACAAAUUGCAUUUUUGGGUUUUACCUUGAAAACAGCGAGUGUAAACCAUGCUAUUCAAUUGAAGGGUGCACCAUUUGUAACUCAAAUGAAAAAGUGUGUUCAGUUUGCAAUUCCACGGGAUACUAUCUUUCUGUGGGGACAUGCAAGGCAUGUGAUACUGUUACUUCUGAGUGCGUUGAAUGCCCAUCAGGUGUUUGUACCAAAUGUGAUGUUGGGUUUUACUUUAAUGGAAAUUCAUGUUCCGAGUGUGCGAAUAUUAAUGGAGGAUGUGCAACUUGUAAUCAAUCUAAAGCCGAGUGUUUAACAUGUAAAAGUGGCUACAAACAAGAAAGUCUUGUUGGGGGAGGAGUUUCAUGUAAAACUUGUCAAGAAAUUACACCCAACUGUGCUUCUUGUAACAAUAAUUUUGUAUGUAUUGAAUGUAAUUCCGAGGCAUACACUUUAAAAAGUGGGAAAUGUGUAUCAUGUGGUACCGCGUUUGCUAAUUGUAACACUUGUGACAAAACAAAGUACUCUUGUAAAACUUGUAAUUCAAAAAGUUAUUUUGUGAAUUCGACAACUGGAGCCUGUGAUCUGUGUUUGAAUACAACAUCAAAUACAUGUAAAACAUGCGACUCCCCAAUUGUGUGUUUGUCGUGUUCUGAUGGGUAUUACUUGUCUUCGUCUUCCUGUAAUAAGUGCAAUACCCUCACAAAUUGUCAAAAUUGUACCACAAAUGGGAAGUGCACAAAUUGUACAAUAGGGUAUCCAAAUAGUGGUGUAUGCAGUGCGUGUACCACAAUUAGUCCAGCUUGUUUAACGUGUUCAACAAUAGAAGCAAAGUGUUUGACGUGUUCAUCUGGUUACUAUCUUAAAGGAAGCACGUGUGAUGUGUGCAACAAUGUUGUUACGAAUUGUGCUGUGUGUCCGAAUGCAAAAUGUACACAAUGUAAAGAAGGGUACUCUCUCACUGAAAAUAAGUGUGUUUUAUGUUCGGAUAUCAGUGGGUGUGUGAUGUGCUCCACGACUGAAUCUGGUUGCAAAAUGUGUGAAAAUAACAUUGAAGCAGUUGGUGGCAAGUGUACAACAUGUAAAGACGUUAAUUGUGACAGUUGUCCUACUUCAAUAGAUGUUUGUGAGAAAUGUCUCUACAAGUAUUAUUUGUCCAAUGGUGGAUGUUUGGACUGUUCGACACAAAUUGGUUGUUCUGAAUGUAGUCAAAUUGAUGAUUCGUGUGCUGAUUGUGAUGAAGGAUACUUUAAAAAUGGAAAUUGGUGUUCUAAAUGUGGAGACAAUUGCAAAGAAUGUUCAUCGAACGCUAUUUGUAUUGAAUGUAAUGACACUUACGUUCUAAAAAUGGAUAACAGCUGUGGUGAUUGUGCGACGUCUAUUCCGGGAUGUGAAAGUUGCUCAACAACUGGAUUCACAUGCACGAGCUGUGGAAAUGGUUACUUUUUGAAAGAUGGAACGUGCAGCUUAUGCUCUGGUGAGUCUUCGAUAUGUGAGAAGUGUGGUUACACAACUCAGUUUGUCUGUGAAAAGUGUAUUGGAAAUUACGUUGUAAACAAUGGGAAUUGUGUUUCGUGUGGAUAUGGGUUUUUCUCAAACAAUGGAAUAUGUGAGCAGUGCAGUAAUUUGAUGGCUGGUUGUUCACAGUGUCAUCAAAAUGCAGAACUUGGAGGAGAUGGUUUUGUGUGUGAUUAUUGUAGUGAAGGAAAUGGAUUUGAUGAUCAAGGAAAUUGCAAAUUGUGUUUAACAGUUGUUGACAAUACGGGGAGAUGUGUUGAAUGUGGCAGUUCGUGUGAAUUAUGUGUUAACAGCACUUAUUGUGUUAAAUGUAAAAUAGGGUUAGUAUUAAGGAGUGGUGUAUGCAGUGAAUACAUUAAUUCCGAGUUUUGUGUCAAAGCCGAAAUAACAUCAAGUAUUGGAUGUGAGUCGUGCAAAUACUCCAUCUCACCAAGUGGGAUAUGUGUUGCUUUGGAAACAAACAACACAUGUGCUUUUUAUACGGAACCAGAGAAGAAUGUAAUAACGUGCAAUAUAUAUUACCCAACAACAAAAACGUUUGGAAAAGGUGCUUUAUUAUGUGCUUUUGAGUCGAAAGGAGGGUGUUUUAAAUGUGAAGCUACGUCUACUUUAUUAAAUGUGAAUCCACCAACUUGUACAUCUUGUUUAACUGAUGGAUGUAACCAAUGUAAAAACACCUCAAUUUGUAUGAGUUGCACUUCUGGGUAUUAUUUUGAAGAUGACACAUGUUCUAAAGAUGAGUUGUGUGUGAGUGGUAAAGGGAAUUGGUGUUCUGAAUGUACGAUUGGAUAUGGACUUAAGACUGGAGUAUGUUAUAACUGUGGGGAAGGUUGUUCUCUUUGUGACGAUACAUCAUGUUUUGAGUGCAAAGAUGGAUACAUUUUUAAAAGUCGAACAUGUGUUGCAAACACUGUUGCUAACUGUUUAAUUUCUUCCAACUCGACUUGUAUUCUAUGUAAUGAAAACUUUGUAAAAACGUCGAAUGGAAAUUGCGAACGACUUACAACUGAAAAUUGCAAAUUUGAGAGUGUAGAUAACAACAAUAAUGUCAAAUGUAAAGUGUGUGAUAAUAACACAAUACUGAGCCAAGACAGUUAUGGUAAAUAUAUUUGUGGUACGGAAAAGAUGGCAAGGUGUGACAUUGCCAAUGAGUUCGGGUGUGAGCGGUGUAUUGAAGGGUAUUAUUUAACAGGAGGGGAGUGCAAAGUGUGUGACUCGAAUUGUAAAACAUGUGCGAGUGAAUCAACACGAUGUGUUACAUGUAACUUUGGGUAUUCAUAUGACAAGAACACAUUUACAUGUAAAGCAAUUGGUGCAUUAUCUGAACGAUGUGAUACAUUCCUCCCAACUUCUACGGGUUGUGUAGUUUGUAAAGAUGGGUAUUUCUUGUCCCAACAAGAUUGUAUCAAGUGUGACAUAUCAUGUCUUACAUGUAUCAAUGAAGCAACAAAAUGUUUAGAAUGCAACAUGACGGCUGGAUACUUCUAUGACACCAAACAAGGUAUCUGCGUUCAUGAGUCGAAAAUAACCAAUUGUCUUAAUAUCACAUCAAAUGGGUGCGUCUUAUGUGAGGAUGGUUAUUACAUCAAUUCUCAAUAUUGUUUUAAAUGUGACGAAGUAUGUACAACAUGUAGUUCAAAAUCCGGUUCCCAACAAUCUGAUUGUACUUCGUGCAACAAUUCAUUCAUUUUGCUCCCGACAUCUUCUUUACUUAGUACCUGUGUUCCGUUUAACGAAGUAGAACAUUGUUUGGCGGAAACAAAUAACAAGUGCAGUAUGUGUGAAAAUGGUUAUGAAGUGUCAAGUUCAGGUACCGAGUGUAUUUCGCAUAAAAAUUACUUCAUGAUAAUAGGCGUACCUGUUAUAGUCGUCGUCAUAGUUAUUCUUAUCAUCUUAGUAGUAGCUGGCAUAUUAGGAUUUUACAUCAGCAAGAAGCUAAAGAAAAUAGAGAAGCAUCGCAAUAUUUGUGAAUUCGAAAUUAAACGUUCGAACAUUCAUUUCUUUGUAUUAGAAGAGGAGACUGGUAUCGUAUCUAACAAGACGACCAUUGAUUUUAUAGACGACGGAGGUGAUAAAGUCUUGAUUCCAGUGAUGGAGGAAUCAAAAGAACUUAUCUGUAUCGGCAACACAAAAGUGAAUACAUUGAAAGUGCAACUUUCCUGUAAAGAUGCCAACACCAAAUUUGAGAUGCGCACAAAUCCACAAUUGGUCACUUUAAAGAAAGGCAGAGCGUGUGAGUUUGAAGUGUAUAUCAAACCACUCUGCACAUGUAAAAUAGACGAUUUGUUUGUGAUGACAUGUCUCGAUGUGAAGCGCGGAGUUGAGUUUACCGAGUCGCUUAAAAUCGACGUCGAAACACAAAUCACAACACGACUUGAUCCCGACGAGUUAAUAUGUGAUAAGACGCUUGGUAAAGGGUCUUUUGGAAUAGUCUAUUUGGGCACCUUUAGAGGAAACAAAGUAGCAAUUAAGAAGAUGAAAACAAUAGAAAAUGGGGAGGAAGGAAUGAAAGAAUUUGAGAAGGAAGUUUCGAUGCUCGACAAGUUCCGGUGUGACUAUAUAGUCCACUUCUAUGGUGCUGUGUUUAUCCCAACUAACAUAUGCAUGGUCACCGAAUUUGCCCAAUUUGGGAGCUUAGCUGAUCUGAUGAAUAAGCGGCGUAAAACACCAAUUGAUGUGCAAAUUCGACUGAAAAUCAUGAUAGAUGGUGCACUCGGUCUGCAAUAUUUACAUUCCAAUGGUGUGUUACACAGAGAUGUGAAACCUGACAACAUGUUGGUCUUUUCACUUGACCCAACACUGAAAGUUAAUGGCAAACUCACUGAUUUUGGCUCUUCGAGAAAUGUGAAUAUGCUUGUGACUAAUAUGACAUUCACAAAUGGUAUUGGAACACCAACUUACAUGUGCCCUGAAAUGCUCGAGAAGAAGAAGUAUAAGACAUCCGCAGAUAUAUAUUCCUUCUCUAUAUCACUCACUGAAGUGUUGCUCUGGGACGAGCCAUACCCAAAAGCUCAAUUCAAAUUCCCAUGGAAUGUUGCCACUGGUGUCGUCAAUGGGCUUCGUCCUAACAUUUCUUCCGUUGACAAAGAUCUUCAGGAGAUAAUUACAGACAUGUGGUGUGAUACCCCACAAGAUAGAAUAAAAAUGGAGGCUGCUGCUCGUCGGCUCCAAGAGUAUUAUGACGCACAUUACACGCAGCCAAAACACAUUUCACAACUGCAAAACUCGACCCAGAUGAUUCGCGAUAAUUGA